CUUUCGCCUUUGAUUUUUCCUUACACAGCACCGCAGGUUAGAAAAGAUGUAAACGUCCUAUGUUCUGCUGCACGAACAGCACACUGAACGAGGCGCACCGGCUUCGUUCAAGGCUAUACGCAAAACUCCGCACCAGAAGUCUGCCUGUGCGGAUACGCAUAGGAAAACACCCCGCGUCGAGCACUGAACGAGAAUCAGAAACAAGAAACGAUGGUGAACAUACGAUGUUUGGCAGUUGACAUACGUGCUGUAAAGGAUUGAAUGACUCAAACUGAAAUAAUGGUCAUAAUGAUGUACGCACCUUGUCCCAGCGCAGCCAUUCGGAUACUUUUUCCGCAACUUCGUCCCCACAGGAGCUCAUAGUCCCCAUUCCUAGUGUUCCCGUAGCCGUUGCGAAUAAACGGAGCGCCUCAAUGAACGCACCUUCGGAACUAUCAAUGAAAGUUAUCUGUUAACGAUGAAGCUCAAACGUUUGGACGAGAAUCACAAAAUUAUCAAGAAACUGCAGUGACAUCUGUGGUUUAGGUACAACACUAGAAAGUCUAGAUUGCAAGGAUCGAGCUCUAGAUGGCGACACGAGCUGUGCGCUUUGGAUCAUGCUUUGGAUUACCUCUCUCCAUCGACGGCAGAUAGCGCGUGCUGUGCGGUAAUUGCGGUUGUGUAGUAUAAACGUAUUCAUCUCGUGUUCUAAUUUUGCGUGUAAGAAGUCUAGGGAAGGACUGCAGUUUCGGUUUGCUGACCUGCUCACUGUGGCAAACGAGCAUUCUGCACAUCAUGAAGAAUACCUGUGUAAAAACAUUCCACCUCACUUUCUGCGCUCUGUACACCUACGGCGUAUAUUUCUCCGAAGUGCACCUUGAUAUCCCUCUGCGAUCACCGAAGUUCGGCAUCUUUGGACGCUACAAGUAUCUCACGCAUUGGAACCUAGUGCUGCAGGCUGUGAUGUUUACUCUAUUUUGUGUAAUUGACUUUGCACCAAUAAGGCACAAGCGGUGCCUAACAAGUGUUCGCGACCAUGUGUUUCUGUCCAUUUCUCUACCGCUGUGUAUGUUCGUAUCAACAAUUUUUUGGACUUUAUUUUUCAUAGACAGAGACUUGAUAUUUCCAGAAGCGUUAGAAAUGUUUUACCCAGCAUGGUUAAACCACUUAUCUCAUACUGCUAUAACGUUCAGUGCCAUAGUGGAGGCCCUCGUAAACCACCAUAAGCAACCAACGAGAAAGACGGGAUUUGCAACCCUUCUCAUGUUUGCCGGCGUAUAUCUGGCGUUGAUUCAAUACCUGGGUUUGGUCCAUGGCAUUUGGGUGUACCCCGUGUUGGAGGUAUUGUCAUCAGUAGCUUUUUGUGCCUUUCUGGGUUUUUGCAUAUUUUUCAUCUUUGUUUUUUAUGUCAUUGGAGAAAAGCUCAACACGUGUUUCUGGCCACAAGGAAGGAAGUGUUCAAAGGAACAAUAACCGUACUUUGUUUUCGCAAUUCGCAUAUUUGAAGCAUGCUGCACAGGAUGUGCUUAUAACAGUCAUCGAGUACCGUUGCUGACUGCAGUCAGUUUUCUAGCAUUACAAAGUGCCGUAAUGGAAGUGUGUCACGAAGACUUCGGCAUCUACCAAUUGUAUCGACGUGCCAGAUACAUGAACUGGUUUCAAGUUACUGAGAUGAAAACUUUGAGAUUAAGAAAUUUAGAAUCUAAUGUUGGGUACCUCUGAUUAAUUGUGAAAAACAUUGUAGUGUGGUGUUUUACUAGUAUCUCAUGUUGCCUGGGCUACUAAGACGAUGACAAUCAAGUGAUGUGUUUUAUGUGUAGAAUGCGCAUCAGAUUUCAGUAAUGAUCUACGUUGUGCUUUUAUCAGGUGCAUGCAGAUUUUAUGAAGGGAACCUCUCAUUUUUCUAAAGUGCAGCCAUAACUACAAGAUUUGCAGAAAUAGCAGAUAUUCACUGCAGCAUCAAUGUAACAUCUAGUCAUUAUUUCAUUUUUCUUUUUCUUUAAAGAUAGGUUCAAGAUAAAGAUAGGUGCAUUAAUUCGUUAAGAUGUAUCUGAUACCUGCCGUGUUAAAAUGUUAACCUGGUUCCACUUGUUGUUGAAUUCUUGAUCAGUUGUCUGUUUCAGCCUCAGAAUGGUUACUUUCUAUCUUGUCCGCUUAUCGUGUUUUUAUUGCCAGAACAAUUACAUGACAAGAAAGAUCAAUACGUAGAAAACUCUGUUAUACUUUGGAAGGGGAACCACUGCGGUCAAACUCCACUCCUGUUCAACAGCAUUUAUGAACGUUCGGGCAUGCUCUCUAGAAAAUCUUCAUGCACUUCAGACCGCACUCUCUUUAGGAAAUACAUAAUAUUUCUCAGCAGCAUAUGAAAAAAAAAAAAAAAAUACAAAGGGCCAAAAAUGAUUUUUUAGAGGUACCAUCCUUAUGUCAGGAAGUGCUGACAAGAGUGCAUUUUUACUGAGCUUAUUCAUAUACCGAUGAAGUAGAAGUUUUGCCAAUUGAUACAUUUCCAUUAUGAAGUGACGAGAAGACAAGGAAGCAUGAAACAAUCGAAAACUGCGGCAAUAUACAUUAUUCAUAUAUUUGCUGUCACUGAACAGCUGACUUCUCCUUCUGCAUUCCUUUUGUUUCUCAUACCGAAAUAGUGGGUGAAUGCUCGCCUACAUUUUAGUCUUUCAUGGAUGAGCUUGAAUGCAUACAGUAAUUUUUAGGUGGAUCAAUUGCUUCAUGUCGUAGUCAUGCAUAGGGCAGUUGCCCUCUGUUGUGCAUGGCAGCGAGCACACGGGUUAGCAGCGAUUAUGCACAUCGUGUUGCGUAUUAUAAUUCACAAUACGGUGGUCACUUAAAAGCUAGGUGAGUUUGUCAGCAAUGCAAACAGGGCCCGUUUGCAUAGAAGUUGAGUACAAGUCUCAGACUCAAUCUCAAUAGCCUUUGCGGAGCAUCGAACACGCACUCGCUCUUGAGGUUGCAUGAGCUGUUGAGAUUGAGUCUGGGACUCAAACUCUUACUCAAACUCAAACUUAACUCUUACUUAAACUCAAACUUAACAUUUAUGCGAACAGGCCCAGAUGUCAAUAUUUAAUGCGCCCUCUCAAACUCUAUGUGCAGUACAAGAAGAUUGAAAUAGAUUGAGAUUAGAGUUCAGAUAUAUGGUGUUUAAAAUGGAAAUGCCAGACCUAUUGUAUGUUUUUAUUUCUGUUUUCACAGUGUUGUGGAGUUCUUCACAGGAUAGUGUGAGGGCAUAAUAUGCACUCUGAGACGUUGAUUAUUUAUGCAUAUACGGGUGAAUGGAAUAAUGGUGCACCGAUGGUGAUGGUUUAUGUUGGACAUCACUUUUGCAACUCGUUAGUCAAGGCUUCACGUUUGGAGUCUGUCGCAGUAUUCUAUGCAGAUCGUACAAAUGCAAAGCGUUAGCUCUAGUGAAGUGUGAAGCUUGUCAUUUUGUAGGCAUAUUGAUGAAACUAAUCACUUAUAAUGGAGUUUAAAGAUGGCCGGUUUGGUGUGUCAUACUAGAAUCACUGAAAACGAUCAGUGCUGUAAUAAAAGAACAAAGGACGAAACAAGAAGAGACUGCAAUUGUUUGUCUCUUCUUGUUUUCAUCCUUUGUUCUUUUAUCCUGGCACAGAGCAUUUUUAGCACUUUUGGUAUCAUCACCUAGUCCCUCCAGGCAGGAAUUGGAUGUCCCGACUGUCACUACUGUAACACGGAAUGCAGUGAAUCACUGAUGUGUUUGGACCAUCCAAAAGUCAUAUUGAUCUCAUGUUUCUUUUAUGGCAGAUUAUGCACUUUUUAUUCGUCAUUAAAGUGUUCCACUGUUUG